AAGGGGCCAAAUUCAAUGAACCCUCUUUUGUCAUCAAUCAAACGCUCCAUCUCCUCCGUCCUUUUCUUCUUCUUCCUCUAAUAAAACCCUUCCCCCCACUUCCAACUCGGCAGAUUCUGCGGCAGGCAUGGAAUCCGGCGACGGGUUUCGCGCGCUGGACGAGAAGUCGGUGGUGGAGUACAUAAAGUCGGCGCCGGCACUGACGGCGCGGCUGGGGGGCGGGCAGCUGGACGGGGUGGAAAUCAGGGAAGUCGGCGACGGCAACCUCAACUUCGUCUACAUCGUCCUCGGCCCCGCCGGCUCCUUCGUCCUCAAGCAGGCUCUUCCAUAUAUCCGCUGUGUGGGCGAGUCAUGGCCGAUGACAAAGGAGCGUGCAUAUUUCGAAGCAUUGGCGUUAAAAGAGCACGGCCGGCUGUGCCCGGAUCAUGUGCCUGAGGUUUAUCAUUUUGACAGGUCUAUGUCAGUGAUUGGAAUGCGCUACUUGGAGCCUCCCCAUAUUAUUCUCCGAAAAGGGUUGAUUGCUGGAAUUGAAUAUCCAUUGCUUGCAGAGCAUAUGUCAGAAUAUAUGGCAAAGACACUUUUCUUCACUUCCCUUCUAUAUCAUUCUACAGCAGAGCAUAGACGUGCAGUAGCUGAAUUUUGCGGGAAUCUAGAGCUAUGUAGGCUCACCGAGCAAGUAGUUUUCUCAGACCCUUAUAGGGUUUCGCACUUUAAUCGUUGGACUUCUCCUUACCUUGAUCGUGACGCUGAAGCUGUUCGGGAAGAUGAUGCUCUAAAGAUUGAAGUAGCCGGGCUGAAAUCAAUCGCGACAUUUCUAACUACAAGGGCUUUAUGUGUAAGAAUUAUGAGGUUUUGUGAGAGAGCUCAAGCUUUAAUUCAUGGAGAUCUGCAUACUGGUUCUAUCAUGGUUACUAGUGAUUCAACUCAGGUUAUUGAUCCAGAAUUUGCUUUCUACGGUCCAAUGGGGUUCGAUAUAGGAGCUUUUUUAGGGAACUUGAUUUUGGCCUACUUUUCACAAGAUGGACAUGCUAAUGAAGGAAAUGAUCGUAAGGCAUACAAGCAAUGGAUCUUAAGGACGAUUGUAGAAACUUGGGAUCUUUUCCAGAAGAAGUUCAUUUCUCUUUGGGACGAACACAAAGAUGGGAAGGGUGAAGCUUAUCUGAUUUCAAUAUACAACAAGCCAGAACUUUGGAUUUCUCUCCAGCAAAAGUACUUGAAAGAUUUAUUUCAUGAUGCUCUUGGAUUCGGUGCUGCCAAAAUGAUAAGGAGAAUAGUGGGGAUAGCUCAUGUUGAGGAUUUCGAAUCGAUCGCCGAUGCAAGCAAGCGGGCAUCUUGCGAGCGAAACGCUCUCAACUGUGCUAAAAGGCUUCUUAAGGAAAGGCGCCAAUUCGAAACCGUCGGUCAAGUCAUUUCGGUGAUUCAGGAGAUUCAACCAUAAUAGCUUACACUGCAAGGAUUUUGUGUUAUCACAGUAAAUUGAUCAGUUAUAUCGAAUUUACGUCGCAAAUGUUAUUGAAUUGCUAACCUUGUUUAUGAUUGUAAAGGAAGAAGAUUGAUGGAAUACACACAUCAAGCCAAGAAGAGUCUUUUUCCCCUUCAUUUUCAUCGAAGACUUGCUCUAUUUUACUUUCUAUUUUCGAAGUAAAGCUUGGAUGCUUCUAGAAGUAUAUGGGACUAUUUACUUACGCAUCAUUCUCGGUGAUGGGUUAUCUGAAUCGACGAUCGGCGCCUUAUCAUAAUCUAGACUAUUUGAACAUUCUAAGUUUCAAAUUUUACAACUUUUUGAUAUUAUUGACUAACUAUUGGAGUGGUCACGAAGUGACAAUGUUAUUGGUGGUGAAUUUGAGAUCAUUUGGUCGCUAGAUAAAUGAUGACAAAAAAUUGCAAAAUUUGAUUCUUGCGAA